AUGGAGGAGCGGCGCCUGAAGGUGUCGCAGUCCCUCGAGACGUGGCGCAGCGGGUGCGACAGGGCGGAGCAGCUGAAACGCCUGCAGGACGAGCAGAAGCUGGAGGCCCACAAGCUGACGGCGAAGAGCUACUCGCUGAAGCUCCAGCGCGUGGGCGACACCCACCGCAGCCUCGCCGACACCCAGCCGCAGAAGAACAGCCGCCUCAAGACGAGCAUCCAGUCGUCCCUGAAGGUCCAGCUGGAGGACCGCCGCCGCCGCGAGGCGGGCGAGAUGGACGAG